AUGGAAGUAGAAGAUAAUGAUGACGACGAUAGUGAAAAAUAUAACAGUGAAAUAGAUACAAGAAGUAAUCAAAGUAGUGAAUAUGAAAAUGAUAAAGUUGAGAUGGAUGAUGAUAAUGAUGCACAAAACAUGUCUUUUGAUAGUAUUGGAAGUGCAAUAUCAGUGAUGAGCCUUGAAGAUAACUUUGAAAAUAUAUUAGAUUCUUCUGAAGAGACUGAAAUUUUUGAAGAAUCUGAAAAUCCUAAUUCCAAAACUUGCACAAAAUUUCCUAAUGAUGCUUAUAAAGAUCUAAUGUUAUUAGUAACGAAAUACAAAAUAAACAAUAAAGGUGAAUCACCAUUACCAAAAAAUAUUGAACAGGGACGAGCAUUUAUGAAUAACAUGAAGUUUUCUAAUUUAGAAUUUAGUAAAGUUCUCAUAACAAAACAUAAGGAUAAAGAUUAUUUUUUUUAUUAUUAUCAAAAUUUAAUACAGUGCAUCAAAAAUAUUUUAGCUAUUCCUGACAUAAUGCAAAAUUUUGCGCUAUCUUACGAAAACUUUGAGUAUAAUGGAGAAAGUAUUUACGGUGAGCAAAAUACUGGAAAAUGGUGGAAGACUACGCAAGAAUCCUUACCUACUAGUUCCAAAUUAUUAUCAAUUAUUUUAUAUUCAAAUGCAACAACCACAGAUACAUUAGGAAAAAGUCAAUUGCAUCCAAUAUAUAUUACAUUAGGCAAUAUCCCAAUAUGACGUUGUAAUAAACAGGAUGCAAAG